AUGAAGACGGCCGUGCUCAAGAAAACAGAAUAUGGCGUGAAGGAGCUUCAUUCGGAUGUUCUCGUUGAGACUUUUCGCGUGGCGGACGAAAUUGAUCAAGACGAAGCCAGUGUCUCGCUGCCCGCUUAUGGUUCUGCGGAAUCGUCUUUGUACCGAGCUCGCGCCCCUGUCAGACCUCUGUUGCCGAAAUCGCGAGCUGAGAUCGAUCUUCGCGGAAUAUGGACGAAGACCAAUGGGAACGAGGACUCCCUGCUCUUCAAUGACGGCACCAAUGAUCGACGCUUGGGUUUCAGCAUCAAUGAAAUGAUCCGAAUCCUGUGCGAUGCUCCUGGCGUUUAUAUGGAUGGAAAGUUUCGUGUUGUUCCUCAGUUGUUCCUGCAAUUGUGUACGCUUCAUGCUUUCUAUAAGGGUGGAAUGUUCCCGCUCGCCUACUUCCUCCUGCCCGAUAAACGCACGGAAACGUACACGCGAAUGUUUCGAGUCCUGAAGGAUCACGCGAGAGGUCUCGGUAAGGUAUUCAGACCCGUGAAGUUCCAAAUCGAUCUCGAAAGUUCGGUCAUGAACGCUAUCGAAGACGAAUUCGGUGAGGCCGUCAUGAAAGGCUGUAACUUCCACUUCGCCCAAUGUCUCCGGCGAGAGGUUCAGAAUCUUGGUCUCGCAUCAGAAAAGGAAAAUUUUUUAAAAAAAAAAGUACAACUCGUAAUUUAUUCGAAGUAG